AUGACAUUUUCUAAUUUACAGAACGAUAGCCAUGACGCGUUUUACUCUAUGGAAACAUUUAACGGGUCAAUUUCUGAGCUUUAUUCUAAUACCAGUAAUAACACAAGUUGCGCCAGUAUUGUACUUGAACCACAAGUUAUUGCGGUUGGUGUAUUUCUGGCGGUUUUUAUUCUUGCAGCAAUUGUCGGGAACAUUUUGGUUAUCCUUUCUGUUUUGUGCAACAAGCACUUACAGACUGUCACGAACUUCUUCAUAGUCAAUCUAGCCAUCGCAGAUCUUCUUCUGAGCCUGGUGGUGCUGCCCUUCUCUGCAUCUCUGGAAGUUCUAGGAUGCUGGGUGUUUGGUCGGAUAUUCUGCAAUAUCUGGGCAGCUGUGGAUGUCCUGUGUUGCACAGCAUCCAUUCUCAGCCUGUGUAUCAUCUCUAUUGACAGAUAUAUAGGGGUCAAACACUGCCUUAAGUACCCCACUAUCAUGACUGAAAGGAAAGCAGGCAUAAUACUGGUAGUAGUUUGGGUCUCAUCAGUGGUCAUUUCCGUUGGACCACUUCUAGGCUGGAAGGAACCACCACCUUUGGAUGAAAGCAUCUGCAGCAUCACUGAGGAACCUGGAUAUGCCCUGUUUUCUUCACUUUUCUCCUUCUACCUGCCACUCAUGGUCAUCCUGGUGAUGUACUUCAGGGUGUAUGUGGUAGCCCGGAGAACCACAAAGAGUCUAGAAGCCGGCGUCAAGCGAGAGAGGAACAAGUCGAUGGAGGUAGUACUAAGGAUCCAUUGCAGGAGCUCACCUGAGGACGCAAGCGCGAGCUCGAGAAGCAAGAACAAUCCACUGAGAAGCUCGCUCUCAGUGCGACUCAUGAAAUUCUCCAGAGAAAAGAAAGCUGCUAAAACACUAGCCAUCGUGGUUGGCAUGUUCAUAGUGUGCUGGCUGCCGUUUUUCUUCGUCCUGCCUCUGGGCUCUUUCUUUCCUGCACUGAAACCUUCAGAUGUAGUAUUUAAGAUAAUCUUCUGGCUGGGUUAUUUCAACAGCUGCAUCAACCCAGUUAUUUACCCCUGCUCUAGCAAGGAGUUCAAACGCGCCUUCACCCGCCUACUGCGCUGCCAGUGUUCACGCCGGCGCCGAAGCCUACGUCGCAUCUAUGGCCAGCGGUGGCAUACAGCAUUCAGAAGCCAGACCAGAGACUCCAAAGGUGACUAUCAGCCUGGCUUCUCCCUUCACGAGCCCUGCAGCGGGUCUAUAUUCUCAUGUCGGAGCAAGGAUCACUCGCUACAUCUCAAAAGCUGGAGCUUGUUCCCCCCCUUCCAGAAAUCCUCCUUUCAUUUAAAGGAGAAAAUGAACAACUUGUCAAACAAGAUAAAGAGUGGUGCAGCAAAGAGUUCACUGCCCUCGCUGGAGAGGACAGAGAUCGAUACAAUCUCAAUGGGGAUCUACAGCGAGUGCAGUGAGCCAAGCGGCUACCAGAUUUACAACCUGACGGAAUGCUACGGCCUGAAAGAGACAGACAUCUAA